UCUUCGGGCUCGCUCCCUUGAGGUUCGAGUCGAGGAGUCAUGGCUUCUCCGUGAGAAUGUCGAACCCGAUGUGCAUAUACAGUUACAUACUGGUGACUGUCUUGGGUAAAAAGAUGACGGACAUUCUUUUCAUUUAAAUUAAGGCAUGAUUUUGAUGUUUUUGAUUUUUCCUUUCAGUAAUAUGCACUGUGUUCGGUUUAGUGGCUGAAAUAAACGUCGGCGUCGAGAUGUCUGUACGUAUGUCAUCUACGAUGUCGCAGUUUGUGUCGACUUGCGACGUUUUAGUCGUGGUGAUUACGGCUGGAGCGGGAGUCUACGGUGCUCCUAAGAGAAUGAGAAAUAUGUUAAAAUUCAUGGAGAGUGUCGCUUCUGUAGAUACAAGUAUCGGAGCACAUUACUCUUUGGUCGCUGAGAGGAAGUUGUGUGCGGUCCUGCUCGCCAUACUCAUAUUUUUCUCCGUACUUAUCGCCGAUGACUUCUGUUUUUAUGCGCUGCAGGCAAAAAAAUUUGACAGACAGUGGGAGGUCGUCACCAACUACAUAGGUUUCUACUUGCUGUGGUAUGUGGUGAUGAUUCUGGAGUUGCAGUUUGCGUUCACAGCGCUUUCAGUGCGAGCGAGAUUCCAAGCCGUGAACGACGCGCUUGCUCUGACCGCGAGGCACGUGUCCAUCUCUGUAGAGAAGGUGAAGGAACAAACUCCGAUGAACAUGUUUGCGAUCCAAGUUGGAGAGCGUCGCGAGCAGCCGCAGUCACAUCCUGUCAUUGUUAGGAAUACAGUGAGCGGAGAGCCGAAGUUAAUAGUUCCACCGUGUGAGGCGAUCAGACGUCUAGCCAGCCUCCACGGAUCUCUGUGUAAUGUGGUGCACCGUAUCGACAACAGCUAUGGUCUACCGCUGAUAGUGAUUCUCAUAUCGACGUUGCUGCACUUGAUUGUCACACCGUAUUUUUUAAUCAUGGAAAUUAUCGUAUCAGCACAUAGAAUACAUUUUCUGGUGUUACAAUUCCUUUGGUGCAUGACCCAUCUCAUACGGAUGUUCGUCGUGGUGGAGCCCUGUCAUUACACCAUCACGGAGAGUCGAAGAACCGAAGUGCUGGUGUGUCGGCUGAUGACGUCCACUCCGUCCACUGGGAUGCUACCAUCGAGAUUGGAGCUGUUCUCGAGACAGCUCAUGCUGCAAUCCAUCAGUUACACUCCAAUGGGAAUGUGCACUCUCGAUCGACCGCUCGUCGCUUCGGUGCUCGGAGCUGUGACAACUUACUUAGUAAUAUUAAUACAGUUUCAGAGAUACGAUACAUAAAAUUUUAUUAUAGCCGUUUCAAUUUAAACAAAAUAUUGAAAACAUAUCACUCGCGAUUGGAUCUCAGAAAUAUUAGAAAAAGAAAUAAUAAUUAACGAUUACUUUUAAUACUGAAUUAAUCCGAAUAUUAAGAUUGUAAGAGAAAUUAAUUUUAAAUGAAACAAAAUCUUAUUAUUAUAUAAAUAUAAGACAAAAUGAAAAUACAACUAUAUUAUAUCUGAUUCAAAAGGGUUUAGUGAGGAUUAUCAAUUAUCAUUUUAAAGCUCCCAUUUUAAAGCUAUAAUCCCUUUAAAAGAAUAUUUAUUAAAGAGACUAUUUAAUUACUUUAUGCCUUCGAUAUUACCACUAAAUUAUAUAUAUAUUUAAAUAUUAUAUUAAGUAAAAGUAUCGCUGUAAGUAACUUUAUUUAUUUAAUUAGCAAACAAAUUUAUAGUA